UGGUUGGUGGUGAGAGGAGAUGAUCUGUGUCGAACCCAUAUUGGCUCAUUAGUCGAGCAGCAACAGCAGCAGAUUCAUAUUACACCUAUUAUUCAGCAAUUUAGUUGCUAGGUGGAGUGUGGAUGUGCUGCAACUACGGCCGUCAUCACUCGUCGUCAAUAACGAGGCCGACCAUCGUUUAUUAACAGGUUCCUCCUGUAACUACUAAUUAAUCGCAAACAUAAUUUUUUUUUUUCAAAAAUAAUCAAAUCCCGAUCCUUUCCGCACGAGAGGCCUGCCGCUGAUCGUAUUAUUAUGCUCGAAAUCUAAUGCGUCCGGCGUCAGAACGCAAUAAUACAAAUUAUAACUGUUGUUGUUAUUAUGUGAAAGUGCAUGUCCACGAGAAAUUGUUUUAACAAUGACGAAUUCGACUUUGCUGCUGCCUCAGUACCACAAGUAUCUCAAUGGUGCUCCAGUGCCGUUCAGCAGGCGGACCCGGAGGAACAGCGAAAUGUGUCUGGUUGUGCUGGUAUUUAUUUCCCUGACGGUCAUCUGCUUUGGAGCCGUGUUCUAUUUACCCGAGUUUAAGGCAACCUACGGUGGUACCAUUAACAAUGUGUACAAGCACAUACAGAACGCAGGGCCUGAACUGUUGUUGCCAGCCCAUGGAAACUCUAGGCACGAUGGAGUAUUGGAGGACCCGCACGCCGCUUGGGAUAAGCAAAUACUGUCAGCCAAAAUUGAUGAGGACUAUUCGGACAAACGAAAAGUGUUAGAAAGACCUGAUACAGGUAAUGCUAUCAAACGGCAUAUUAUCAGUAAUAGUAGUUUCAAUCCUGAAGCAGAAUCAAUUGUUGAACAUGUCGAAACUAGUCAAACUUCUGAGAAUUCAGAGUUGAGACAAAGGCGAAACAAAGUUAAAGAAAUGAUGAAGCAUGGUUGGGAUAACUAUGUUAAAUAUGCAUGGGGUAAAAAUGAAUUAAAACCUGUAUCAAAACGAGAUCAUUCUGGAAGCGUAUUUGGAUCAGCAAGUAUGGGUGCAACUAUUGUCGAUUCAUUGGAUACAUUAUUAAUUAUGGGUUUACACGAUGAGUAUAAACUUGGAAGAGAUUGGGUUGCUAAUAAUUUUACUUUAGAAAAUGUGAAAAUAGAUAUAUCAGUUUUUGAAACAAAUAUUCGUUUUAUUGGUGGUUUUCUUACAUGUUAUGCUAUGACUGGUGAUACUAUUUUCCGUGAUAAAGCUGAUUAUAUUGCAAAAAAAUUAUUACCUGCAUUUCAAACUCCAACUGGAAUCCCAUAUUCAUUAGUCAAUCUAAAAUCUGGGAAUAGCAAGAAUUAUUUAUGGGCAAGUGGUGGUAGUAGUAUACUAUCAGAAUUUGGUACUCUACAUUUGGAAUUUGUAUACUUAUCUGAUAUUACUGGAAAUGACAUUUAUAAACAAAAAGUUGAACAUAUUAGACAGUUUGUGAGAAGUCUUGAUCGACCUAAUGGAUUAUAUCCAAAUUUCUUAAAUCCAAUUACUGGAAAAUGGGGACAACGCCAUGUAUCACUAGGAGGCCUUGGUGAUAGUUUUUAUGAAUAUUUGUUGAAAGCGUAUAUACAAUCUAACGGCAAAGAUUUAAUAGCACGUGACAUGUUUGAUGAUGCUAUGGCAAGUGUGAUGGAUAACCUAGUACAAACAUCUUCUACUGGACUAACAUAUUUAGCAGACAUGCGUUUUGAUCGACUCGAACAUAAAAUGGACCACUUAUCGUGUUUUGCAGGUGGAAUGUUUGCACUUGCUGGCGAAACUCUAGGUAGUGAUGCGUCUAAACAUUAUACUGAUCUCGGUGCUAGUUUAACAGAAACAUGUCAUGUAGCUUACGAUAAAACUGCUACAAAAUUAGGACCUGAAGCUUUUAGGUUCACAGAUAAUUAUGAGGCAGUUGCAGUACGAGGCACUGAAAAAUAUAAUAUUCUUCGUCCUGAAACAGUGGAGUCAUAUUUUGUUUUAUGGCGAUUAACUCAUGACAACAAAUACCGAGAAUGGGGAUGGGAGGCCGUACAAGCUUUUGAAAAACACUGUAGAGUAUCGGGUGGAUACAGUGGAAUUAAAGAUGUUUACCAAAUAGAUUCAAGUAAAGAUGAUGUUCAGCAGAGUUACUUUUUUGCAGAAACUCUCAAAUAUUUAUACCUAUUAUUCAGUGAUGAUAAUCUAAUUCCAUUGGAUAAAUGGGUGUUCAAUUCAGAAGCUCAUCCACUUCCUGUAAAAGAACGUAAUACUCAAUAUAGAAUGCAUCAAUGAGUUAUAUAAUCGUUGUGAGUUAUAUGUUUGGAAUGUCAAGAACUUUGUUUAUGAAUUUUUUAUGUUUGUUAAACAUUUCAAAAACUUAACUAGUUUUUGAAAUUCUUUGACAUUUAUUAGUAGUAAAGUAAUUUUCCUGCACUUGAUUUGUAAGUAAAAUGUUUACUAUACUAAUGAUAAUAGUCGUACAGACAUAAUGUCUUAUGUAAUUUAUAUAUGUACAUAUUAUACCAUAAAAUACAAUUAUGUUGCACAAUAGUUAACAACAUAAAGAUAAUUCUAUUUACUAGUUUUACAAUUCUUUAAACAAUUUGUAUUUCAAUUUUCAAUCAACAUAUUUCCUAAUUCACAUACCUAACAUUAAUAUGUUAUAAUUGCAUUUAUAUUUUUAAAUGGUAAAAAAAAUUUUAUUUUAAUUUUCGAUUUGCAACCAGUAUUUUCAUUUCAUGUUAUACACAUUUACAUUAAAAUCUUUUUUUUUUUACACAAUUGGUGACAAUUAAUUAAAUAAUUCAAUUGUUUUAUUGAUCUAUGCUGUGUCAAUAACAUAUGCAAUAAUAUUUUAAACUGUAACAUGGCAGUUUUAAUUGUAUAUGAUUAAUUGCAUUAGGGAUUAAAAUGUUUAUUUGGUUUAUUAUACAGUUGAUUAUACAACAUUUACGUCAACAAUAUUUGUUGUACAUACUACAUUUUUUUGGUGUUUAAACACUUCAUAGCUAUAUUAAUAUCUUUUAUAUCUCAAUAAGUGUAUUAUUAUUUUCAUAAAAUUCAAAGAUAUACCAUUAUUUUCUACUACUUUUACCACUUAUUGUUUAACUUGUAUAGUUUUGUUAACUAUGUAAUAUAUUUAGACAUAUUAUAGUAUUACAUUAAUAUUAUACAGGAUGAUUUGUUUAGUUUGGUACGAUUUAAUGUGGUAAAGUUAUUAAGUUUUCCCACCACAGAAAGUCACAUAACAAAUCAUGCUUUAUAGUUUAUAGCAGUGGCAAAGCUUCAUAGGAGACAAUGAAUGCAGGGAAUAUUGGAAAAUGGGUGGAGGUCCUAGGUUAUUACGUUAUGAAACAUGUUUAGCUAUUUGUAUUUUAAUUUUAAGCAAUCAUUUAUAACUCAGUUAUUUAUGUGUUGAUGGUGUUCCUCAAAACUCUUUAUUUUGGUUGGUUUAUUUCUGAUGUGAUAUUGUCUAAAUAUCUUUAUCCAUAUUGAUUGCCCAACUUAUAAUAUUUUUUCGACUUCUUUCCGUGUUUACUUACCCCUUGCCACUGGUUUAUUGUACACUAUUUAGCUAUUCAAUUUUUGCUUUAAGUGCUUAUUGAAUCAAAUGUGCACUUGUAUGUUAUACAUUAAUUAUUUACACUGUGUAAAAACCAAAAAAAAAAAAAA